AAUACCCCCAAAACACUUCCUUCCCUCUCAUCAAUCACUUCUCAAUUUUCACUUAUCAUCACUAUUUUCACAAUCGCUUAUUUUCAUAAUCACUUCUAAGUUUUCAGUCAAAAAAUGGCACGUACCAAACAAACCGCACGCAAAUCCACCGGAGGAAAAGCUCCAAGAAAACAACUAGCAACAAAAGCCGCUCGGAAAUCUGCUCCGGCGACCGGAGGAGUGAAAAAGCCACACAGAUUCCGUCCAGGAACUGUUGCACUACGAGAAAUCCGAAAGUACCAAAAGAGCACAGAACUUCUCAUAAGGAAACUUCCAUUCCAGCGAUUGGUUAGAGAAAUCGCCCAGGAUUUCAAAACCGAUCUCCGAUUCCAAAGCAGCGCUGUUUCUGCUCUUCAAGAAGCUGCUGAAGCUUAUCUUGUUGGUUUGUUUGAAGAUACAAAUCUUUGUGCAAUUCAUGCUAAGAGAGUUACUAUUAUGCCUAAGGAUAUUCAACUUGCAAGAAGAAUUAGAGGCGAGAGGGCUUAGAUUAAGAGAUUUCAUAGGUGGUGUUUUGUUAGGGUUUGGUUAAUUGUGAUUUUAUCUUUUGUAAUCUGUUUUGAAACCUAACUAACCUAUUAUGAUCUUGUAAUGAUGAUUUGGUUUACUGUUUAAUCUAUCUUGCGUAUUUGAUAUGUGUGAUUUGUUCAA